AUGGCAGGCACUGAACAUGCGAUCAAAUUUGUUUGCUCAAUCAAAACCCUAUCACCUGACGAAACCAAUACUGACGCUAAUUUUGUUCUCGAGUGGGUGUUAGAUUUGAAGACCAUCAUUCUUCACACUCGAUUUAGAGUCGCCCGGUCGAUUUUUGGAUCCCUAGGUCCAACUGUUGUUAGGGUCGGGCGGAAGCAUGUUAUUAAAGGGCCAUGUCAGCUCCCAGAACUCGAAGCGCUUCUCUACAUCUCAGAACACACCACAAUUCCUGUUCCUCGAGUUAGGUGUACCUACAAUGGACCAGGGGGCAUAUAUAUAAUGAUGGAUCACAUUCAAGGCACCGACCUUGAAACUCUGUGGAUGCGCGGCUUGAAACCUGGGGAAAAGGAAACCAUUCUCAAUGAUAUUGCAGCUAUCCUGACUCAGCUUCGAACACUUCAACCCCCCAAAGAAGGAGUGGUUGCAUCUGCGCAGGGUGGUGCCAUUCUUGAUUACCGUAUUGGUAGUCAACUAGUUGGCCCAUUUCAGUCACAUUCCAGCUUCCACUCUUUUUUACGAGGUGGUGUUCCACUGGAAAACACAGCUAAGGUUUAUGGGGAAGAUAUUGUAUCUUGUCAUAGCAACAAUUAUCGGACAUUCUUCUCACAUUCAGAUUUGGCCCCACGGAAUAUUAUCAUUCGCAAUGGCAGAAUUGUGGGACUUGUUGACUGGGCACUUGCAGGCUGGUACCCAGAAUAUUGGGAUCUAACAAAAGCAUAUUACACUUCAUUCAAGGUACCGGACUGGCCUGAGAGCAUCAAACUUAAGCUUCCUUCAUAUGCAGAUGAGCUCAUGGCAGAACGCCUUCUUUGGAGACUCUAUGAUGAACCAGGAAAUGUUUCGCGCAACUAG